UCUGCAGGACCAAAAUGGAGAAGUGGCUUGAUCACUGUGAGCUAAGACCCCCCUGAACCACAUAUGAGCAGGAAACAUACAUUCAUAAUGGACCCAGAAGAGAAAGCUGCUACCAUGUAUAAUGCCACAUUUGUUCGACCUGCAAAGUUCUAUCUCAGUGGGUUUUCCAACAUCCCUCAUGUUAAGUAUUACUAUGUCUUCCUGUGUUUUGUCUAUAUCAUGACUGUUCUUGGGAAUGGCCUCCUUCUCUCAGUUAUCUACAUGGUCAAGACUCUUCAUACACCUAAAUACAUGAUUGUGUUCAACCUGGCUUUGACAGAUUUGUGUGGAAGCACUGCUCUCAUCCCAAAACUCUUGGACACAUUUUUGUUUGACAGGAGAUACAUUGUCUAUGAGGCUUGCUUAAGUUAUAUGUUCUUUGUUUUGUACUUUGGAAGUAUGCAGUCAUGGACACUUGUCACUAUGGCAUAUGACAGAUUUGUAGCAAUUUGCUUCCCUUUAAGGUACCAUAGUAUUGUGACUAAACCAGCUGUUGCUGCAAUGCUGCUUUUUGCGUGGUUUUUUUUAUCCAUUUUAUUUGUAUUAAGUGUUGUAUUCUUAGCUCGCCUCUCCUUCUGUGGAUCUGUGGUGAUAAAAAGCUUUUUCUGUGAUCAUGCACCAAUAUACAGUCUUGCCUGUAAUGACACGUCUUUAAAUGACAUAAUGGCAUGGAUUUCAUUCAUCGUAAUACUCUGUUUUCCUCUUAUUUUGAUAGCAUUCACAUAUGUUUGCAUUUCCAUAGCACUGAGCAGGAUUGCAUCAGCAGAAGAACGACUCAAAGCAUUGAAAACUUGUACUUCUCACCUGAUCCUUGUGGCUAUUUUCUUCAUACCAAUUGUGGGCACCAACAUAGCUGCAGUGUCCUCCUACAUCCAUCCUAAUGCCAGGAUCAUAAACUCCUCUUUGACACACACCAUACCAGCUUUGCUCAAUCCUAUUGUAUACUCUUUAAAGACAGAAGAAGUGCUGAACUCUAUCAGGGAGCUUUGGAAAAGAAAUAGGCUAAGAAAUAUAAACUUGUGGAAAAAAAGGUGA